GACGGGAGGCUGCUCACGACCUGCGUUUCGUCCUCCACUAAUGCCUCCUUUGUUUUGAUUAGUCAUACUGGAUCGAUAAUCCCUUUAGGGCAGACCAUCGGUGGCAUCUAUCCAACACGUAUCGACCAUUGACUGGAUAAAAGCGCGCAGGUUUUUGGGGAUUCAGGGGAGUCUGGCAUGUCCCUCCUUUGCGCCCUGUGCGCACCAGCAGCGCCGAUCUUGUCAUCAGCCACAGUAGGGACGUGUGUGCGCUCCAUGCGCUGCAGUUGAACUUCACUCUCCUCCGUGACAGACCCUGGAUGUCGACACAAUAGCCUAAACGCAGUUUGUGCGUAAAUUCACGCGUGGCAGUACGGUUUUGAAUGGAAUCGCCAACAAGAGGAAUCUGGUAAUGUAGCCUAUCCUAAUGCCGGGACCCUGACACGUGGAUUUGACCAGUUCAAUUAAAUGUGACGCGUUGAGCUUGCGAUUUAAUAACCCACGUACCCAGCGACAUAUGGUCUGGGAGCGUACAUCUGAAGCCAUCGAGCCAGUGCUUCUCCACGGCACAUCAUCGGCGGGGCUGGAGCGGAAAGAGCCGUGAACACUGAGGAAUGCGGAGCCGGGACUUAGUCUUUACCAGCUCACCUGCGGAACUCUUCGCAGCCAACACCAAACCGUCAGACGCAGCCGGUGAGCCCGCCACAGAGCACCAUGCUGAGGCAGAUCCUCCUCAACUCCACCGACAGCCCGGACUUCGACCUGGUGCUCAUGGGCCAGUCCUCCACGCAGGCCCCCUCUUCCCUGAACGCCUCCCACGGCGGCUCGGUGAGCGUGGCCGCGCUGCUGCGACCCACAGCGGGGCGAGGCGGGGGGCUGCGGGAGGGCGAGCUCCACAAACCGGACCUGAUCACCUACCUGGUCAUGUGCCUACUGCUCUUCCUGCUGGUGCUGCUCAUCGUGUUCUUCAUCAACUGCCAGCUGCGGAACUCCUUCUUCGCCUCCAUGCCAUAUGACAGGUCGCUGAGAGAGGCCCGGACCACCUACAAGUAAGGCUGGACCCGCUGGGAUGGACCCCUGCGACCCGUGGCCCUUUGGAAGGAGGGUUUCAGGACUGACUUGUGUGCCUGCGUGCAGGUAGUUGCCUUUAUGAGUUGUCUUGGACACAUUUGAUGCGCUAAAUAAACAGGAAUCCCAAACUAGACCUAACACGGUGAGCGAGGGACUCAACUGUGUCAAAUGUUGCCCAAAUGUUUCCACUUCAAGACCCGUGGCCCUCUUCAGACCACAGGAGGCGUCUCUGAAGACCACUUGUGUGUGCGUGGGCCUGCUGCCGGUGGAAAGAUAACAAUUUAACUCCUGAUCAAAUUUCUGACUCUUAUAUUUUCUGGUAAUUAAUGAAGGAAUUGUGAACCCAUCCAUCAUCGACUGCAACCCCCGCAAAGCACUUCGGAAAUAAACAGUUUAGUCCCUAAUGUAGCUUCCACUCAAAAGCUUCUCCUCACUCAUCUAUAUAGUGGCUUACCCAUCUGACCUGUCUCCUGCAGUUUGAGUGCAGAUCCACGAAAUUUCCCACUGGCCCUGGCAAACCGAAUCACUUCUAUUUCCCAGAGCAGAGUGACAGGCUAUGUCAGCGCGGAGAGAAUCUCCAGCAGUUUGUAUAUACCACACUUUGUAUGACUGUAACUUACCUGUCUUGUCUUGUGAAAUGAUUCAAUCAACCCGCAAUCUCCCAUAUUGUAAACUGGUGAUUAAAUGGAUUAAAUGACAGACUGUAGGCCUAUGUCACAUAAAGG